GCCUUUAUAGCCAAAGCAAAAAUAAAAAAACAAUUGAAGAGAUAGAUAUCUUCAUUAGUCAGACACUGAACUAGUGAAGAAAUGGCCUCAGUGAGCAUGACAUCCUCAUUCCUCGGCGGAGCCACCACCACCCUAUCGGAGAGGUCUCCGGCAACAACCAUCCACCGAAGAGUUGUCAUCACAAACGGUGCCAAAGCCAAUAAUAAUAUUAAUGUUGGAGAGAAAGUGAAGAUAAGCCAGAAAGAGAGCAACAACAAUGGAGGAGGAAGGAGGGACUUGAUGUUUGCGGCUGCAGCGGCCGCUGUUUGCUCCGUUGCGGGUGUUGCCAUGGCGGAAGGGCUGAAAAGGGGAACCCCGGAAGCCAGGAAAAUCUAUGCUCCAGUUUGUGUCACCAUGCCAACUGCAAGGAUCUGUCACAAAUGAGGACUUAGUUUUUGUUGUGAUUGUGUAGUAUGAAAUUGGUAUUAUUGAGUUAAAUGUGAUGUUGUAAUUGAACUCAUGUAUUUGUAUUCAAGCUCUCAGAAAACUAUAUUAUUUCUUUCUAGAUCUCCACUAUAUAUAUAUGGUUUUUCUUUUAUAA